UGUUAAGUGGAGCGCGCCUGUGCAGUUUAGUUCUUUGUGUGGAGGAAGUGAGGGCUGUUUCGAGUCUGUAGUUAAUAGUAUUCUCCUUGCCGCAGGAAAGAAACAGAGUAAGCAUCCACAUUGUUAUCACAGCGCCGAAUUUGCUUUAAAUAUGAGUACAAUUGUUUACUCACACAGAAACCAGGUUAUAAUGCAGGAUUAUCACAGAAGAACUACUUUUCUAUAGCCACUGUGCUCCUAAAGACUUGAUUACAUCUGCUUUAAGCCUGAUAGUUUGUUUUGGCACCACCGUUGCCUGAUUUAGGGGACACAUUGUCAGAAAGCAUUUCUUCUCACUCCUUCCUCUAAAAAGAUUCAGGAUCCUGGUCUAAUUUCAGUGCCUUGGAUUUUUCUUGGCUUUUCUCCACCUGUCACCAAACUUGUGUUGUCAUUGCAUCCUUUUUUGGGUUUUUAGAGUUUACAAAAUGAUUCCCAACGGAUAUUUAAAUUUUGAAGAUGAAAGUUUCCUUGAUUCAACAGUUGCCAAAAUGAAUGCUCUCCGCAAGAGUGGACAGUUCUGUGAUGUCAGACUUCAAGUCUGUGGGCAUGAACUCAUGGCUCACCGUGCUGUCCUCGCUUGCUGCAGCCCCUACCUUUUUGAAAUCUUCAACAGCGACACUGACUCCCAAGGGGUCUUCCAUGUGAAGUUAGAUGACCUGAACCCUGAGGCAGUUGAAAUAUUGCUCAACUAUGCCUACACUGCGCAACUGAAAGCUGAUAAGGAACUGGUUAAGGAUGUGUACUCUGCAUCAAAGAAGCUAAAGAUGGAUAGAGUAAAACAAAUAUGUGGUGAUUAUUUAUUGUCAAAGAUGGACUGCCAGAGUUGCAUCACUUACCGUAACUUUGCAAGUUGCAUGAGAGAUGGACGCCUCUUGGAAAAGAUUGAUUCAUACAUCCAGGAACACCUGUUGGAGGUCUCUGAGCAGGAUGACUUUCUCAAACUCCCCCGACUGAAGUUAGAGGUAGUGCUUGAAGACAAUGCCAGUCUGCCUAGCAAUGGUAAACUGUACUCCAAGGUAAUCGGCUGGGUGCAGCGCAGCAUCUGGGAGAACGGAGAACAUCUGGAGAGCCUGAUGGAGGAGGUUCAAACGCUGUACUACUCAGCGGAUCACAAACUGCUUGAUGGGAAUCUGGUUGACGGACAGACUGAGGUGUUUGGCAAUGAUGACCACAUCCAGUUUGUUAAGAAGAAGCCUCUUCGCGAGAAUGACCACAGGCAGAUGAGCAGCAGCUCCUCUGGAUGUCUUUCUCCAAGUGCUGCGAUGUGCAAGCACGAGUGGAAAUACAUUGCCUCAGAGAAGACAACAAACAACACCUACCUGUGCCUGGCUGUCCUGAAUGGAGUGCUCUCUGUGAUCUUCCUGCAUGGCCGCAACAGCCCCCAGAGCUCCCCGUCCAGCACCCCCUGCCUGCUGAAGAGCAUGAGCUUCGAGGUGCAGCUCGAGGAGCUGGAGGAGAAGUUGUUGUCGCCCAUGCAAUAUGCUCGCUCAGGGCUCGGGACUUCAGAGCUCAAUGGCAAGCUGAUUGCAGCAGGAGGUUACAACCGUGAGGAGUGUCUUCGCACAGUGGAAUGCUACGAUCCCAAGAAAGACUGCUGGACUUUCACUGCUCCGAUGAGGACACCCAGAGCGCGGUUCCAGAUGGCGGUGUUAAUGGGUCAGUUGUAUGUGAUGGGUGGUUCAAACGGACACUCCGAUGAACUGAGCUGUGGAGAGACAUAUGAUCCAAAUGCUGAUGACUGGAUUCAGGUGCCAGAGCUACGUACAAACCGUUGCAAUGCAGGUGUUUGCGCGUUAAACAAUAAAUUGUACAUUGUGGGUGGAUCAGAUCCAUAUGGACAGAAGGGCCUGAAAAACUGUGAUGCUUUUGACCCAGUUGCAAAAUCCUGGACAAACUGUGCUCCUCUGAACAUACGGAGACAUCAGGCAGCAGUGUGUGAGCUGAAUAACUUCAUGUACGCCAUCGGUGGCGCCGAGGCCUGGAACUGCCUCAACACAGUGGAGCGCUACAACCCUGAGAACAACACUUGGACGCUCAUCAGUCCCAUGAAUGUGGCUCGCCGUGGAGCAGGAGUUGCCAUCUACGAGGGGAAGUUGUUUGUUGUUGGUGGGUUUGAUGGCUCUCGUGCCCUGAGUUGUGUGGAGAUGUACGACCCGGCAAAGAAUGAGUGGAAGAUGCUGGGCAGCAUGACUUCAGCUCGGAGCAACGCUGGUGUGGCUGUGCUGGGGAGGCUCAUUUUGGCAGUGGGAGGCUUUGAUGGCAAUGAGUUCCUGAACACCAUUGAAGUGUAUAACCCGGAGACCAAUGAGUGGAGUCCUUUUGCCAAAACUUUCAACUUCAACUGAAUGUUUGCAGAACCUAUUUCAAACAGGUUUAGUGAUGUAAUUGUGUUUUAGUGGAGCUGUACAUGUGAGCUGGGUUGGGAGGGGAGUUAGAAUCUU